GUUGUCGCAAUCAAAACCUCCUACUGGUCGUCUCCACAAAAAUAGUUUGUUCUGUCUCUAAUAUUAGGUCUGCUCUCGCAUUCGGGAGCACGAGGUUCGUUGUCAUGUGUGCUGAUGUGUGUUAAGUUCUUUCUUGCUGUUGACAGAUUUUGAUGUUAAAAGUAUUGACAACAUAUCGGUGGUGACUUAUCUUUCUGUCAUCGUCUUGCAUAUUUUGUAUAGGCGCAUUUUAUUAUCUUCGUGGCAUUAAGUCCAAUACGCAAUGAAUGGAGGUUUGAGGUGGAUGAGUCAAAGAGGUGUGACUGCAACGUGUAUUUAAUGUCGAUCGUGUGUGACAUAAAGUGCAUUCGUCAUUUAGUGAAAUGGAAGAAAUUACUCCUGCUGAUAUUCAACAUUUAUUAGAAUACUUUUCGAGAAAUACUUACAAAGCCAAAGAGACGGAUCCCAAGAGUCAAGAUGUUAUGCAGAAGUGCCUGAACUUAGUGACAUUGGAUUAUAGUAACUUAGUAAUUAAUAAUGGCGGAGGGGAGCUUAGUGCACAUUAUCCCAGCCAACUAAUAGUGUUGGAGUAUGAACUACCUGCAGCUUCCUCGGGGAACAGCAAACCAAAUGAUGCUCCCCCUUCACGCACCACAAGCACCAUUUAUGAGAGCAUGUAUGAUGUAGGAAAGUUACGAGACUUGUUUGGAAAGGCGAGAUUUGCACGGUGUCGUGCCAGGUUUCCUCUCCCUGUGAUCCUGUAUCGUGGAAAACAUGUUUGUAGGUCAGCUACUUUAUCAGGAGGUCCAGAAAUAUAUGGAAGGUCUGGUUUUGACUACUUUUUCUCUGGUAGUGAGAAUCCACCUGAUGACGAAGAAAAGGAUGAUGGAGAUGAAAGAUUGCCACAUGCUCAGAGUGAUUGGCAACUAUUUGAUCGGGUCAGAAGCCAAGAUAUUAGAUUACUUAAAACUUUAAAUGUUGGCACAAUAGUGGAUUUCAUGGUGGAGAAGAAGAAAGUCAAAUUUGGAAUGAAUGUUACUUCAUCUGAGAAAGUUGACAAAGAAAAUAGAUAUUCUGAUUUCACCAUAAUCUCAUUACCAUAUCCGGGAUGUGAAUUCUUCAAAGAAUACCGGGACAACAAUUAUGUGGCCAAAGGACUGGUGUUUGAUUGGAUGCAAGCGCAUGUGGAUGCAACAAUUGGUGUGCCUGAUGACACAGUUUCAUCACAGUUGAAAAUUGAUUGGAAUAAUUACAAAAUGUGGGAUUUGGUGAAGUUGACUCAAAACUACUUGAAGUUGUUGUUGCGUUACCUACAAGAAAAUAGCUCAGGGUUGCUGAUUCAUUGCAUCAGUGGCUGGGACCGAACACCACUUUUUAUAUCUCUAUUGCGUUUAUCUCUGUGGGCUGAUGGUACAAUACAUCAGUCUUUAAAUGCAUGUCAGAUUUUAUAUUUUACAAUUGCCUAUGAUUGGAUGCUCUUUGGACACAAUUUAGAAGAUCGCCUUGGGAAAGGCGAAGAGAUAUUUUUCUUUUGCUUUGACUUCCUUAAGCACCUGUCUGGUGAUGAGUUCAGUGUGACAGCACGUCCAAAGUCAAAGCAUGUGUUGCGAAAUGAUUCUGACAUCCAUCUGGACAGUUUGUUGUUUGAUGGAGAAGGAACUGUGAACUGCCUUGGUUCAAAUGUAAGCCUGAACAGUUCAUGUAGUUCACAGAGUAGUAGAAGUCAAGACAAUCCUCCAACUGUUUUCCAUAACGUUCCUGAUGGCUACGAAGAAUCUGCUAACGGGAACAUAACUGUGCAGAGUUUGGGCGCACAGCAUUGGCAGAUGUGUUCCUUAGAACCUCAUAAUACUCCAUCGGGUGCUCCUAAUGUUUGCCCUCGAUCACCUCUCUCCAAUAGAACCAGUCCUGUUGCUGUGCCUGUGAGCAGCCGGCUUCGCCAUCGUAAUGACUCAAGUAGUUCCCUUAGUGUUGGCAGCUGGCAACUCAUUUCUGGGACUGGAAGUUUACGUGGUUCAGCCUCGGCUUCUGUAACUGCCUCAACUGGAGAAUCUAGUGCUCCUAAUUCACAUGCUAGUAGUCACCAGUCAUUAUGUGAAGGUACCUUUUCUGCUGAGUCCAGUACUACAGUUAUAGAAGAUGAUUGCUUUACUUUCAAUGCUACAACUGCAGACCCUCUACCUUACUCAAGUUCCCAGAGGCGAGAAAAGUUGACAGCAGUGAGGUCACUUUUUCACAGUGCUUAUUGCUCAACUAUAGGAUUCAAGUUCAAAGGAGGUCAAGAUUCUGGUCUUGGAAGUUUAUUAGGAAAUUUUGCUGAGAAAGUUGGUUUCAUUUCUGCACAAAGGACAUCUGUGUAGUGUUACUCAAUUCUGUGUUGGAUGAUGGUGGGAGUGCUAAUGUUAAGACUGUUUUUAUAAAAUAUUGACAGAGAAAAUUUAAUUUAUCCAAAUGUUUAUUUUUGUACUCCAAAGAGUUAUAAAUUCUGGAAUAAAACGUUGUUUUCUUGAA